AUGCUGACCGGUCACCGCUCGCCGCGGCUGCCGUCGCGUCUCUCGUCGGGGGUGUCGUCGUCGUCGUCGGCGCGGCUCAUCUGCAUCACGCACGGCGCCGACAGCGACGGGACGUCCGACUACUCGAGCAUCGAGCACUGCGACAUCACCGGCUACGACAACCCCAACUACGUGGGCUACCGCGUGGCGGCGCUACCGUCGGGUGCCGAGUUUGAGAUGGCGCCACUGUGCCGGUCGCAGGACUCGGGCAUUUCGGAGAGGCCGCGCUCGCGAUCCAGCAGCCCUCCGCCACCGCCCGGCCUCGACCAGUCGCUCGUCCCACACGGCUUUAUGAACUGGUCGCUGGGCGGCAGCGGCGACGGCGCAGAGGGCCCGUUCGUCCCGUCGACCGAGGCCGGCGGAGCCCCAGAUGCUUUCCUGCACCGAGCGUUCAACGUGCGCUUCCAGCGUCUGCUGCAGCAGCAGCGCUACGACCAGCUGCUGGCGCGUGCACCGCCGCCGCCGCCGCCGCCGCCGUCGUCCGGCUCGCUGGGCCUGCCGCUGCUGCUGCGGCGCGAGUCGCCCACCUCGCCGAGCAGGCAGUACGCGUGCGAAAAGUGCGGCCGCCAGUACGCCUCGAGCGGCAACUUGAAGCGGCACGUCAAGUACGAGUGCGGCGUCGAGCCGCAGUUCCAGUGCCCCGUCUGCAAGAAGAAGUUCCAGCACCGGCACUCGGUCAAGAUCCACGUGGUGUCCACGCACAAGUCGGAGAACCCCGAGCUGAUCAAGGACUAUCUGAUGUGAUUCGCGGCGCUCUGGCCGCGUCUCAGGUCGGCGCGUUCAGGCGGAGCACGACCACAGCUCAAGCGGAGCGCGGCCAUAGCUCAGGUGGAGCGCGGCCACAGUUCAGGCGGAGCGCGGCCAUAGCUCAGGCGGAGCACGGUCACAGCUCAGAUGGAGCACAGCCGCAGCUGAGACGGAGCAUGGCCACUGCUGACGUGGAGCACGGCCACAGCUCAGACGGAGCGCGGCCGCAGCUCAGACGGAGCACGGCCACUGCUGACGUGGAGCACGGCCACAGCUCAGACGGAGCACGGCCACUGCUCAGACGGAGCGCGGCGGCAGCUCAGACGGAGCACGGCUACUGCUGAGAUGGAACACGGCCACCACCCAGGCGGAGCACAGCCACUGCUGAGGUGGAGGCUAUCUCCUCCGCACACCAGCUGUCGCAGCGAGGAGCGACACCGGCUGUCAGCUCCUCCUUCGCCCCGGGUCGGGCCGCGCUGUCCACCAGACGUGCCUCCGGUGUGGGCCUUCCUCUGUGUCUGCGGCCACUCCCCAGUGCCGACUCACCGCCGCCGCUCGCUGUCGCGCACAGCUCUGUCCAGCGACAGAUGAUCGCUUCUGUUGCGCACCCCGCCCGGCGUCCGACUGUGGCGGUCUGCUGACCGUGGCGGCGCCGACCGCCCCAGCGUGCCACCAUGGCCCGCACACGAGCUCCGACCGAGGCCGCGUGCUGGCGCAGUCGCCGACCUCUGGCCCUGGCGCCGGGGCGGCAGACAUUCCUCAGGCAUUUUGUCGGGGCCCGCGCGCCGAGAAUUGUGACUUCCGUGGACAUUAUUAACGAUUUUUCCAGUCUGCUUAGAAAGCAUGUAGUCUUCCGAGCUUUCG